AUGCUAAAAAAAUUAUUGUCCUUGUACAUUUUAGUAACAAUUCAAGUUGCAGCUGCAGAAGAUUUAAGAUAUUUGGUUUCUCUCAAAGUACAAGAAACGUAUGAGAGCUUUAUACGUUACGAUAAGACAUACCCACUCUCUCAGCAUAUCAAUCCAUUGAUAGACCAUGCCUAUUCAAUCGGUAAGUAUUCCGGGUUUUCUGGGAACUUCACUGAACAAGCACUUGAACGGUUGCAAAGAUGUCCAUUGGUUGCAGAAAUAACUCCAGAUAUCACUGUUGAGGCAUUUGAAACAACAAUCCAAAACUCUUCACCAAGGCACCUUGCUAGGUUAUCACAAGAAGAUAAUCUAGAGUCUGAAACCUUCCUGUAUUGUUUUAAUAAUGAUACUCAGUCACCAGUACUUGCUUAUGUAAUUGAUUCUGGUAUUAAUAUCAACCAUCCUGAAUUUGGUGGUCGCGCAGAAAGAGGUGCUGAUUUUACAGGUGAAGGAUCUGGAGAUUACAAUGGACAUGGAACUCAUGUUGCAGGAUUGAUAGGAUCCAACACAUAUGGUGUAUCAAAAAAUGUUCGACUUGUUGAAGUCAAGGCAUUGAACAAAUAUGGGGCUGGAUCCCUUAGUACCAUAAUAUCUGCAAUUGAAUUUGCUGUCAACCAUCGUUCAGAGGCAGGCUUACCUGGAGUUGCAAACUUAUCAUUGGGUGCCAUGAGAAGCGGAGCGUUAAACCGAGCGGUUACCGCGGCAUUAGAGACUGGUCUAGUGGUAGUUGUUGCCGCAGGUAAUUCAAAUUCCAAUGCUUGCAUGACUAGUCCUGCAAGCUCUCGUGGAGCUAUCACAGUUGGGUCUAUUGAUGAUUGUGAUGAUUCUUUAACUCCUUUCACAAAUUGGGGGGAAUGCGUUGAUUUAUUUGCUAGUGGAUUGAAUGUACAAAGUGUACACUACGACAGUGAAUCUGAUUUUCAAACAUUGUCCGGAACUUCAAUGUCUUCCCCAAUAGUAGCAGGACAAGUAUCUGUAUUGUUAAGUGAAGGAGUCCCUCCUGGUAACAUUUUGAAGACUUUGAAGGACAUGUCGACGAAAAAUAAAAUUCCCAAGAGUUCCAUAGUUUUCCGAUUCCGAUCUCCCAAUAGAAUUGUUUACAAUGGUAUGGAAGGAGAAUGCGACAACCUUUAA